AUGCUAUUUGAAGCCAUAGUGCCUCUACUUGGAUGUGUGCUGGCUGUGCAAUGCCGGGACAACAGCAAGGCUAUGAAAUCGAUUCCCUCUAUCACCAGCUCCCUAGUUAAUCUCGGAAAGAUGGACAUUUCAUUUCACUUCAAUAAUAAAGAGCCUAUUAAAACAGACCAAAAUGUGCCACUCCACUCAACGUUUUUAUUCUCAAAAUCUGAUCCAACUGCAACUGUAGAAGAGCCUUGCCCAUGCUCUGGGUUGAGAAGCGCCAACAAUUUCCUCAAUAAGCCAUCGGAUCUCUUGAACAAGAUCCUCAUGAGCAACGACCUCUUCUCUUUCAACAAGGAUCCUGUAUCUUCUACCUUCUGCUGCGGAUCACAUGAGCAUGCUCAAGAAGAUGUAGUCACCUUCGAAUUUGGACCAAAAACAAUGAAUCUCAACAGUCCACCUACCAACCUCCCUGGUUUACCCUUUAUUUUUGAAAGUCUGUUCCCCAAAAAACCGAUCAUGACAAUGCCUGCUAAGCCAAAAGCGGUGGAAAUAUUUCUGUUCCCCAAAAAGAAGGACCAGUUGUUUCCCAUGAGGAAUGAACUAAAAAAGGAAGCCAUACAGAUAGUUGGUGAUAAGGAGAUGAGGAACGAUUUUAAAAGUCUAAAAUUCAGGCCGAUGAUUCCUCUCAACCUGCAAUCUUCGGUAAAAAAAGAUUUGACAGCUCAAGAAAGGAAUGAAACCAAAAAACAAGUCCCUAAAGAAGAGGCAGAAAUUACAACUAUUGGUAAUUCUAAUGCUCUUUGA